AAAGUUCGCGUGACCCCGCAGUCGCAGAGCAAGGAGUGCGCUGUACGCACGCGCGCUAACGGUCGUGAUUUUACGGUGAUCGCUUCGAGAUUUGAACGAUGGCUCUAACCUGCGACUGCCCGAUGUCGCAGCCGGGCCCGACGCUGGCUGCAACCUGCGGCGGCGGCGCCUUCAUGCUGUUCAUGGGGCUGCUGGAAGUGUUUCUACGGAGCCAGUGUGAUCUGGAGGACCCCUGUGGACGAGCUCAGUACCGUCGGCAUAUGGACUCGGUAUACGACUUCAUCGUGGUUGGAGGAGGGUCAGCAGGAUCAGUGGUAGCGGCGCGUCUGUCGGAAGUGCCGGAGUGGAGAGUACUGCUACUCGAAGCUGGUUUCGACGAGCCAACAGGAACACAGGUUCCGUCCAUGUUUCUAAACUUCAUCGGAUCCAGUAUUGACUGGGGAUACCAGACGGAGCCAGAACCAGCAGCCUGUCUGGGAGAAACUGAUCGGAAGUGCUACUGGCCGAGAGGAAAGGUCCUUGGCGGAACAUCAGUGAUGAACGGCAUGAUGUACAUGCGUGGUUCCCGAGCCGACUACGACAGCUGGGCGGCUGCUGGCAACGAGGGCUGGAGCUACGAGGAUGUUCUACCGUUCUUCCUGAAGUCCGAAGAUAACAAGCAGUUGAAGGAAAUGGACGCAGGAUACCAUGGCACCGGUGGGCCGCUCACAGUGUCUCAGUUCCCGUACCAUCCACCGCUGAGCUACAGCAUCGUCAAGGCUGGAGAGGAGUUAGGCUACCAAGCCCGGGACCUAAACGGCGCACAGCACACCGGCUUCUCCAUAGCUCAGACCACGAACCGCAACGGCUCACGGCUGUCCGUCGCCCGCGCCUUCCUGCGGCCCGCUAAGCACCGUCCCAACUUGCAUGUGAUGCUGAACGCGACUGUGUCCAGGGUGCUGAUUAACCAGACGACCAGACAGGCGUAUGCUGUAGAGGUCAAGAAUAGUCAUGGCGGGACCGAGGUCAUCUUUGCUAACAAUGAGAUUAUAUUAAGCGCAGGUGCAGUCGGCUCCCCGCAAAUCCUGCAACUCAGCGGGGUCGGCGACCCAGCAGUACUACAGCGCGCCGGUGUCAAACCCGUCCAUAACCUGCCCACUGUUGGAAAGAACCUGCACAACCAUGUGGCCCACUUCUUGAACUUCUUUGUCAAUGAUAAUAACACUACACCUCUAAACUGGGCAACAGCCAUGGAGUAUUUGCUGUUUAGAGAUGGACUCAUGUCUGGAACUGGUAUAUCUGAAGUGACAGCCUACAUCAACAGCAAAUACGCGAACCCGGCAGACGACAACCCUGACAUCCAGCUGUUCUUCGGCGGUUUCCUGGCUGACUGCGCGAAGACCGGCAUGGUUGGAGAGAAAUUGGACAACGGUUCCAGGACCAUUCAGAUUAUACCCACCGUACUUCAUCCGAAGAGCAGAGGCCGCCUUGAGAUUAGGAGUGCUGAUCCGUUUGAACAUCCCAAGAUCUUUGCAAACUACCUGACGCACCCAGAUGAUGUGAAAACCCUCAUCGAAGGCAUCAAGUUCUCCGUUAAGCUCUCCGAAACCAAAGCGCUCAAGCGUUACGGGGUUAAACUCGACAAGACGCCAGUGAAAGGCUGUGAGAAGAUCAAAUUCGGGUGCGACGCGUACUGGGAGUGCGCUGUGAGGAUGCAGACGGCUCCGGAGAACCAUCAGGCCGGCAGCUGCAAGAUGGGGCCGAGGGGGGACCCCACUGCCGUCGUUGAUAACCUGCUGCAGGUGCAAGGCCUGGACAGACUAAGGGUAGCCGACGCCAGCAUCAUGCCCGCGGUGACCUCUGGCAACACCAACGCUCCAACGAUCAUGAUCGGCGAGCGGGCCGCGGACUUCAUCAAGCAACGCUGGCUGUCCAAUACACAGGCUCCGUUCCCACUAAGUACGCACGGAGGCGUCAGCAACACGCUCCAAGCCAGUGAUUCCCAGCUGCACCCCGUCUGGCAGAGAUACUAGACAUACCUACCGUACCAUUACCUAUACCAGCGGCAAAAAUAUUCGUAGCCAAGCCGUAGCUAACCCGGCUUCCUUUUGUUCGUGAGUAAAGCCUAUAGGAACUCGCUGAAUAUACAUGAGAGCUAUUAAUAAUUAUCAUUGGUCUUUGUUUAUUUCGUAUUAAAAGCGACACCGUGUAUUUAAAAAAAUUGCGAAACUUCUUGCCAAAUUUGUUCCUCAGUUUUUAAUAAGUAUUGAGCUACCUGUAACCGAAGGUUGUAUCGUAGUUACCAUUCUAUAGUUACCACCGCGUUUGCGUGUUUUGUACAAAGUAUUUUAAGAUUCCAUACAAAUACUCUAGUAGUGUAAGUUGUUUGUAAGUUUUCUUUAUUUAUUAUUAAAUGGAAUUUCCUUAUUAUAAAUACUUUAAGUUUUGAGACUACUUUUUUUACAAAAAUGAUAGUUUUAAAUAAAUAAUAAGAAAUA